GUAGCCUCGAAAUCGGUGGGGCUCUUCUUCAUGCUGCUCAUCGACCUGACGGCCAUCGUGGGCAACGCCGCCGUCAUGACCGUCAUCGUGAAGACGCCGGCGUUACGCAAGUUCGUCUUCGUCUUCCACCUCUGCCUGGUGGAUUUCUUGGCCGCCCUCACCCUGAUGCCGCUGGAGAUGCUCUCCGGCUCGGCCGUCUUCCACAGCCGUGGCUGCUCCUUGCAAUGGAGCCGCGGUCCUUACUGCAAGUUCUUCGUGGUCUUCUUCGCCGCCUUCUACUUCCUCCUGCCCCUCCUCAUCAUCGUGGUGGUCUACUGCAGCAUGUUCAAGGUGGCGGCGUCCCUCCGCGCCGGCCCCAGCCGCUCCACCAUGGUCACCACCUCGGGAGCCCCUCGUACCACCCCGCAGAGGACGUUCGGGGGGGGCAAGGCGGCCGCCAUCCUACUGGCCGUGGGGGGCCAGUUCCUCUUCUGCUGGUUGCCCUACUUCUCCUUCCACCUCUACACCGCCCUGAGCGCCCAGCCCUUGGUGGGGCCGGCGGCCGAGACCGUGGUCACUUGGCUGGGUUACUUCUGCUUUACCUCCAAC